CCAUUUUUUUGUUUUCUCAUUUUUAACUUCUGCAAAUUCAAAGGGUUGCUAAUUUCGAACGCAAGAGAUUCCAAUUUUCCAAGUCCCAACCACUAUAAUUUCUCUCUCUUUCUCUCUCUCUCUACCUCUGUUUCUGCCAGAGCUAUCCGGACCUAUCACAUUCAGAUCUUACAGUAUAAACAGAACCAGAGAAGGAACAGUGAACGACAAGCAAAAUGUUACACUUCAGAUCACAGGAUUUUCUUCUCUUGCCUGUGUUUCUACUCAUAUCUUCUAGCUUCUUCUCAUUCUCUCAUGGAGUCUCUCAAUCUUACCAUCUUCAAACGGUACCCAGUACAGAAGUGAUUAACGAGGAGCAUAAUGGUGGGUUGGUUCCAUGGGGGACGAGGAGGUCUCUCGCAGAAGGAACAACUGCUGACAACUCAUCUCUCAUAUUAGCUGAAGAGAGAACACACAGGAGAGACCCUCUUGAUAAUUAUAAGCGCUACACAGGGGGAUGGAAUAUCAGCGAACGACAUUACUGGGCUUCUGUAGGUUUUUCCGCUGCUCCCCUGUUUCUCAUUGCUGCAAUCUGGUUCCUGGGCUUUGGGCUUUGCUUGCUGCUCAUCUGCCUCUGUUACUGCUGUUGCCAACGACGGCGUUAUGGUUAUUCCCGAGCAGCAUAUGCUUGCUCAUUAAUUUUUCUCAUACUCUUCACCAUUGCUGCAAUCAUCGGAUGCAUCGUUUUGUACACUGGCCAGGGAAAGUUUCACAGUAGUACAACAAACACCCUGGCUUAUGUUGUGAAGCAGGCAAAUACCACGGCAGAAAACCUUAGGAAUGUAUCAGACUAUCUUGCUGCUGCUAAGCGGAUUGGUGUGGACCAGGUUUUUCUACCUUCUGAUAUGAUGGCUAAGAUCGACGAGGUUCAAACAAAGAUAAAUUCUUCUGCUGCAACUCUUGCUGAUGAGACAGCGAAGAACUCAGACAGUAUACAGGAAGUCUUGGACAUUGUGAGAUGGGCUCUUAUUUUUCUUGCUGCUGUAAUGCUUUUAUCGACAUUUCUUGGUUUCUUGUUCUCUAUUCUCGGGAUGCAAUUUCUUGUGUCCAUCUUGGUGAUUAUCGGGUGGCUUCUUGUGGCAGGCACAUUUAUUUUGUCUGGGACAUUUCUUCUUCUCCACAAUGUGACCGAGGACACGUGUGUUUCAAUGGGGGAGUGGGUCCAACAUCCAACUGCCCAUACAGCUCUCGAUGAUAUUCUUCCCUGUGUGGACAAUGUUACUGCCAAUGAGACCUUGUAUAGAACCAAGGAAGUUACCUUCCAACUGGUCAAUGUGGUCAACCGUGUUAUCACUAACAUCUUUAACAUUAACCCCUUACCCAACAUGGGACCUCUUUAUUUCAAUCAAUCUGGUCCAUCGAUGCCUGUCCUCUGCAACCCAUUUUAUUCUAACUUCACUGAUCGGCAAUGCAAAGCGGGUGAAGUGGACUUGAACAAUGCAACACGGGUGUGGAAGAACUAUGAGUGUCAGGUUUCAUCGGCUGGCAUUUGUACCACAGUGGGCCGUGUCACCCCAACCUUCUAUAACCAGAUGGCAGCAGCAGUGAAUGUGAGCUAUGGGUUGUAUCGUUAUGGUCCAUUCCUAGUUCAGCUAGAAGAUUGCACCUUUGUGCGUGACACAUUCACAGCCAUAAAUAGAGAUCAUUGUCCUGGUCUUUCACGAUACAGUAAAUGGAUGUAUGUUGGUUUGGCUGUGGUUGCAGCUGCUGUAAUGCUCUCUCUGAUUUUCUGGGUGGUUUAUGCUAGGGAGAGGCGGCAUCGAGCAUACACCAAACAGUUCAUUGCCAGAUCAGGCGAUGGACAUUUAGAUAAACACCCAUAGUAAACCUCCAAGUCAGUUCACCCUCUUUAAGUGACUGGAAUGUUCUCAUACAUUUUGGUUGCAGGUUAUAACAUGUGUACAUUAUGAUACCCUUUUUUGAAACUCUGCUCUUGAUCAUUGUGAAAUACAGUAAUUUGUCAUUAAGUAAAAAAUGGUUGGACCAUCUGUUGGUCAGAAUGCUUCUA